CUUGAUAGACGCGAUGCAAUGAAUCUGCUUGACGAUCGCCGAAGCCCCCUAAUCGUCCAUCCAAUGAAAUACCUAUAUCGAUUUUAGCUUGAAUUACAUCGUGGCACCGCGCUUAGAGCCCCGUUGUACCCGAUACCUGGGUAGCUCAUGCUUAAGAUAACACCUUCCCGUAAAUGAUGGGGCAAACGUUCUCGCCAGGCUUGCUAUUCGGCCCCGUAGGACAAACCACUACAAUCAUUAGCUGGCAUCCUGAAGGCUGACGGCGAGCUAAUCGUUGAUGGGCAUGGCCAACCCAUCAUUCUACGCGGCGCAGGACUGGGCGCCUAGCAUCAAAAGAACGCCCUCAAGCUUCAACUAUUCAAGAAAGCAGAAACAAUGUACAAAUUCAAGACCCCCAUCUGGAACGGCGAAUUCGGCCCCGUCUACGCAAACCCAGUACUCGAACCCAAGGCUAACGAGAUCAACGCGGCCCGCUACGACGUCCUCGGUGCACAGCUCGACAUCUACGACAGGUACAAGAGCCACUGGAACAUCUGGCUGUACAAAGACAUCGGCGUGCAAGGCAUGGUCCACACGAACCCAGAGUCCAAAUACAUGAAGACGAUUACGGGACGGCUGAAGCGCGUACCUGAUCUUCAGCUGGAUGCUUGGGGUCGAUACCCAUCCGCGGAGGUUGAGGAGGUUAUCAGCCCACUUUGCGAGUAUAUUGAUAGGGUGUAUUCGACCUCGAGGACCAGUAUCCGCCUGAUUGGCCCACGGAGCGCCAGAUCACGAGGAUUGUCAAUCAGACCUAUAUGA